AUGGAAAACAAACUAAAAGUAAAACCUCCAUUAUUCAAAGUUCAAGGAUCAUCAUCGUCAACAAAAAGAACUGUGAAAAAACCAAAGAUACCAGAAACUAGCAACAAAAGCACUGCUAAUUCAUGCAUGAAACUAGUGCAAGAUGUCUGGUUAAAGGAGUCGGAAAACAAGAAUUUUGUAUUCUCUCCGUUCUCAAUCGACAGUGCUCUAGGUUUAUUAGCUUCUGGGGCAAGUGGUGAAACCUUAAAACAGAUAUUAGGCUUCCUCAACACUGCAAGCCUCACCAACCUAAAUUCUGUUAACUCUAAGCUCAUUGAAACAUUAUGCGAAGUACGAACUGAACCCAAAUUUUCUUUUGUUGCCGGCGUUUGGAUUGAAAAAUCUUGUCCCAUUAAACCUUCAUUUCAAGAAGUUGCCACCGCAAGAUAUAGAUCAGAAGCCAAAACUGCGGAUUUCAUAAACAAGAGCCAAAAGGUGCAGAAGGAGGUGAAUAGGUGGGUUGAAAAGGAAACAAAUGGAUUAAUUAAAAAUCUUCUUCCCGACGGAGCAGUUGAUGAACGUACAAAAUUUAUAUUGGCAAGUGCACUCUAUUUCAAAGGAUGUUGGAGUCGAAAUCCGUUUGAUGAAAAGCUAACCAAGAAAUCGAAGUUCUAUCUCCUGAAUGGGGAAAAAACAGUGCGUGUUCCCUUCAUGUCUUCCAAAGAAUGCCAAUAUAUUACAUGUUAUGAUAGCUUCAGAGUACUUCAACUACCAUACAAAUCUUCGGAAACACACGAAAAUGCUAGUGGUCCAAGUUUUUCUAUGUAUAUGGUUUUACCAGAGCAACGAGAUGGGCUUGGUGAACUUAUAGCAGAGGUGAGUUCUAAUCCCUCUAGUUUUCUGCAUAGAUAUGUCCCAGCCAAUCAGAGUAAGGUGCCACCGGGAGAAAUUAAGGUUCCCAAAUUCAAAAUCCUUUUUGAUUUUGAAGCAUCAAGAGUACUCAAGGAAAUGGGUAUAGUUUUGCCUUUUGAUGAAUCUCAAGCUGAGCUGACGGAGAUGGUGAAUAUUGAUGGUACUAGUAAAUAUAGCAAGCUUCAUGUGGACAAAGUUUUUCACAAGUGUUUUGUUGAAGUUGAUGAAAAAGGAACUGAAGCUGCUGCUUCGACUGCUGUUACGGGUGUGGUGUGUUGCAUGAUGCGUCCUCGUACACCACCUCCUCGUGUUGAUUUUGUGGCGGAUCAUCCUUUCAUGUUCAUUAUCAGAGAGGAGCAAAGUGGUGCGGUGUUGUUCAUGGGGCAUGUCCUUAAUCCUUUGUUGAAUUCGUGA